AUGUCUCGAAUCGAGGAGCUCCCGGACGACUUCGAUGAGUCGCUCAAUCUCAACCCGGCUCCUCCUCAGGGACCGCCCGACUUGCCGCAGCCCGGCUUCGAUGCCUUCGCUGCUGCCAACGAGGAAAAUGACCCUUCCGUGCCGAAAAUGCCCCCGGCUAUGGCAUCGGUCAAGUCGCAGUCGAAGGAGGAAUUGCUCGACAUGAUGAACAAGACCCCGCUAUUCAUGACGGACAUUGCGAAUGCGGGUGAUGAGAAUGGGGAGAACGUUCUCUUGGAUGCCAUCUCUGCCAUGCAGAACGAGGGUACCCGUGCCGACGUUGCGCAAAGUUUCAAGGACCAGGGUAACGAAGCCGUCUCCGAACUACGCUGGAUCGAUGCCAAGGAGCAUUACACGAAGGCUAUCGCCGUCAUCUAUGCCAAAGAGGACAAAUGGGAGAAGCCUGAGGAUCUCGCAGAAGAGAAGAAAUCGCUUCGAAAGUUGGAGGAGCUGUCACAUAUCAACCGCGCACGUUGUAAUCUCGAACUUGGAAACUACCGGUCGUGUACCCAGGACUGCGCAGUCACCCUCAAGCUCAACCCCACAAACGUCAAGGCCUUCUAUCGCUCCGCGAUGGCUUUGUUGAAGCUAGAUAAGGUCGACGAAGCCGAGGAUGCCGCGGCGCGUGGAUUGGUCAUCGGACCCGAUAACAAGUCCCUUCAAACUGCUUCCCAAAAGAUUGCCGAGCGCAAGGCCUUUAAAGAGCGCCUAGUUGCUAAGAAGAAGGCCGAGGAGGAGCUCGCUCGCAAACAAAACUUGGUCCUUAGCACAGCUUUGCGCGCACGCCAAAUCCGAACCCGAAAGACUGACCAACCCCCAGAUAUGGAAGGGUCUACUAUCAGGCUGGUUCCCGAUCCUCUUUCGCCAGAAAGCUCUGUGGAGUUUCCUGCUGUCUUUCUGUACCCCAUGGACGCUCAGUCCGACUUUAUUAAGGGUUUCUCGGAGUUGCAUUCCAUUUCUGAUCAUUUGGACUAUAUUCUCCCGUUGCCGUGGGACACAAAGAAGGAGUACACCAUUGCCAACGUCGAGUGCUUUAUGCAGACUGUCUCUGGGGGACUAAUCAAGGCCGGUAAGAAACUGCCCUUGUUGCAAAUUCUUACCGGUGGAAAGGUUGAGGUUGUUGAUCACAUGGUCCGGAUCUUUGUCGUGCCGAGCUCCAAGACUGCUGCCUUCAUCGCGGAGAUGAAAGCUCGCAAGGAGGGUUGA